UAGCCAAGGAGCUCUGAUAGCCGACCAAUCCUGCAGAAACCUCAACGGGGGCCAGUGAGGGGAGUAGGAGACACAUUCCGUCCACACACGUCCGACUUCAGGACCAGCAGGAACACAGCACCCCCAGAUCCACAGCAGCAGAGCACAGCACCAAAGAAGGAUCCUUUGUUGGAAGUACGUUUUGUGCUAUCUGAGGGGCUUCUAUUUCACCAUACAACCACCUUUGGGGCAACGUUGAGGCUCUUUUUGCAAUAAACACCAUCUCCCGCCUAGUCUUCUCUUUUACAGUUUGUUGCAUUCUUCAUUAAUUGGGCUUGUGACUCCGAUAGAAUGAAUAGCUUUGACUUUAGCUUGCUUGAGGAAGGAUUCACUGCCCGGGACAUCCUGGAACAGAAAAUCAAUGAAGUUUCCUUGUCUGAUGACAAGGAUGCUUUUUAUGUAGCUGAUCUUGGUGACAUUGUAAAGAAACAUAUCCGGUGGCUUAAAGCACUUCCACGUGUAACUCCAUUUUAUGCUGUUAAAUGUAACGACGGCAAAGCCAUUGUGAAGACAAUAGCCAAUUUGGGGGCAGGAUUUGAUUGUGCCAGCAAGGCUGAAAUUCAGCUUAUCCAGAACAUUGGUGUCCAACCAGAGAGAAUCAUUUAUGCCAACCCAUAUAAACAAAUUUCAGAGAUAAAAUACGCAGCAAGCUGUGGUGUUGAGAAGAUGACAUUUGAUAGUGAAGGGGAACUAAUGAAAGUGGCCAAGAAUCACCCCAAUGCCAAACUUGUGCUGCGAAUAGCAACAGAUGAAUCCAAGACUGUGUGUCAGCUCAAUAUGAAGUUUGGUGCCACUCUUAAAACAAGCAGGUUGCUUCUUGAGCAUGCUAAAGAAUUGAACAUUGAUGUAAUUGGCGUAAGCUUCCAUGUUGGCAGUGACAGCAGAGAUCCACAAACAUUUGUACAAGCUAUAUCUGAUGCUCGCUGUGUCUUUGAUAUGGGAGCUGAAUUUGGCUUCAACAUGCACUUACUUGACAUCGGUGGCGGCUUCCCUGGAUCCAAGAAUUCCAGGCUGAACUUCGAAGAGGUGAUAUCAGUGAUAAAUCUAGCCUUGGAUAAAUAUUUCCCUGCUGACUCAGGUGUGAAAAUUAUUGCAGAGCCUGGAAGAUACUAUGUGGCAUCUGCGUUUACACUGGCUGUCAAUGUUAUCGCUAAGAAAGUCAUGCUGACUGAACAGACGGGCUCUCAUGAUGAAGAUGAUGCGUCCAAAAAAACAAUCAUGUACUAUGUAAAUGAUGGAAUCCAUAGCUCCUUCAACUUAAUCUCAAAGUUUAGGAUGGAAAUGUGCAUAGUCAGAAAAAAGAAAUCCAAACCAGAUGAGAAACUCUACUCUAGCAGCAUUUGGGGUCCAACUUGUGAUGCGGAUGAUCGCAUUAUCGAACAAUGUGACCUACCAGAGCUCCAGGAGGGGGACUGGAUACUGUUUGAGAACAUGGGUGCCUACACUGUGGUUGCAUCUUCUACAUUCAAUGGAUUUCAGCGACCAACUCUCCAUUAUGUCAUGUCAAGACCACACUGGCAAAUAAUGCAUACUAUCCAAGAACAUGGUACUUUUCCUGAGGUGUCGGAGCUGAGUGAUGUCCAUGUUUCCUGUGUCGCAAAGAAUAGAAUGGAGCUGAAUUCCAUUGCUUGUAUUGUGUAGUUGUCAUUGUCUGGUGUAUUUAAUGUUAGUAGCACAAACUGAUCGAUGCUGCUCCAGGUUGGUUCACCAUCAUAUAUACCUGACAAACUUUCUUUCAAUACAGGUGUCAGCCCACCUCACACAACAUCCUGAAUUUGAUUAAGCACUUACCCUAUGUUCACACCUAUGCGUUUUUAGUCCAUUUAACAUGGUUUCCUAUGGUACAAGUUCACAUCUAUGCGUUUUGUGGCCAGUGCAUUUUAAGAAAGGUUUGGGGACUUUUUUCCUUGUUUUGCGUGUAAUAGACUUAGAAGGAACCACACCACAAAUGCAAGUAUUGUGUUUGUGAUGCAAUUUUUGAUGUGUUUUAUGUUUUUUAUUUUUAUUUUUUUUAGAUUCCGAUUCAAUAGAUUUUUAUUAAAGAUUAAAUAACAUUAGUCUGGAUACAAGUGAAAUUACAAUACAUAAAAAAAAAAAAAA